AUGGCCGCCGUCAGCUCCCUGGUCCUCUUCGCCCUGGCCUCUGCCGGCGCCGCCCUGCAGGUCCAGGACGUGGGCGUACAGCACAACCUGACCGUCUGCAACGCCUACGCGGAAAACAAGCCCCUCAGCGUCUACACCGUCAACCAGAAGGCGAAGCUCACAGAGGAGCCCCUGCAGUACAAGGCGUGCAAGGAAAUCGUCCUCGAGCUGGCGGAUAGCGAAAGAAUUGACUUUAAGUUGGGGGGGCUCAGCGUGGGCACGUUCCACGUCGGCAACCUCCCCUUCGCCCCCACGUCGCUGCUGCUGGUCCCGUACCGCAAGGGCAACAGCACCAUGGCGGCCACUUUCUACUCCCACGCGUUCUCGGUCGCGCAGGAGAACUCGCAGCUCGCGGUCGUCGACGCGUACGACGGCAGCGCGCAGGGCGCCCUGAAGAUCGCGCAGGGCAAGGGCCGCGGCAAGGAGUCGGCGCAGCUGAAGCCCGGCACGGCCGUGAGCCUCGCGCCGGGGGCCUACCAGGUCAGCCUGGACGACUCGAGUGGCAAGAGCGUGAAGUCGGUCGCGCUGUCUGCCGCCGACGGCGGCAAGCACGUGGUCAUGCGCGUGGGCGGCAGCGACGGCAUUCCCCAGGAGCUCGUGGUCUUCUCCGGCGAGUCCUCCGAGCGCAGCGGCGCCUCCCCGGCCGCCGGCUCCGCCUUCCUCGCGGCGGCCGUGGCGGUGUGCGCCGCCCUGCUGGCGUGA